GUGGAGUGCCUGUCGUGCUCUCCGCCACACCCGUUCACCAGCUGUUCACUCCUCCCUGCUUGAGAGAUGAGUGCCAAGUCGGCUAUCAACAAGGAAGUCUUCAUACCCCAUGAUGAGAAGAUGCUUGGAGCUGUGCAAGUGAAGCGGAGGACCAAGAAGAAAAUCCCCUUCCUGGCCACUGGUGGUCAGGGAGACUACAUGACCUUCAUCUGCAUUUCAGUAACGAAUAAAAAACCAUCCCAUGUAUCCAUUACGAAAGUGAAGCAGUUCCAGGGAUCUUCUGCCUUUGUUAAAAGGUCACAAUGGACGAUCGACCAGCUACGGCAGGUCAAUGGCAUUGACCCCAACAAGGACUGUCCAGAGUUUGACCUGAUGUUCGAUAAUGCUUUUGACCAGUGGGUUGCUGGGUCUGCGGGAGAGAAGUGCACCUUUAUCCAGAUUCUACAUCACACCUGCCAACGCUACAUCUCUACACACAAACCAGAGUUUGUCAACUGUCAGUCCAAACUGCUGGGGGAAGAAGCUGUAGGUUCAGUCAUUUUCCGUUGCAUGGUCUUUAUGAGCAGAAUGAGGAAGCGUUUGUUUGCACAGCGCAGUCAUCUGCUCAGGCGAGGUAACAGUAUACUACACUCUGCUGCAGACAGUGUGACAAAUGCAGUACAGAAAGCCAGCCAGGCUCUUAAUGAGCGCGGUGAGCGAUUAGGGCGGGCUGAGGACCGGACUGCAGAAAUGAUGAACAGUGCUGAGCAGUUUGCUGUCACAGCACACAAGCUGGCCAUGAAGCACAAGUGUUAGACCACUGCCAAACCAACUGGACUGGGGGGAGCACCAAUCACCAGUCAUACAGGAGAGGGUGUCCAGAUUUUAUUAGUUUUAAGUAAUAUGAUUAAUUUUUUUCCACAAAUAUACAUUUUAACAUUUGAAGGUUUUGGAUUAUUCUGUUGCGCUGCAUCUGUUUCCUACUGCUGGGGACAACAAGAAAAUGCAAAGAAAAGACAUAAACACUGCUUCAGACUGUCAGCUGUUCAUCCUUGUAUCACAACGCGAAAGAGUGUUAAAUUUUCUGCGGCACUAAUGUGAGUGUACUCAUAUCGAUGCAUCAUCAUCAGGAUCCACUUCAAGACGAGUAACAGAUCUUCUGAGAGUUAUUGUUUUGGAGUAAUAAUUAAAAGGCUAAGGUUAACUGUGGUCAGUAAUAUGAAUUUCAACACCUAAAUUAAUUUUAUACAUAUGGGUGUGUAAAUAUUUUGACAGUGGUCCAAUUUUUUUCAAGUUUGCAUCUAUACAAAUAAGAAGGGUUCUGAAAUGUCACAAUCAAGAUGUGCUUGUACAGAAUAUCAUCUUUAAUUCAAGGGAUUUAAGAAAAAAAUUGCAUGAUCUAUUAAGGAUUUGCAACCAUUUAUGCAGGGUCUCCAUUUUUAGAGGUCAAAAGUAACAAAAACAUAAGUCUUAUAAACGCAUAUAAACAUUAUUAACACUUGAAUGAAAAUCUUCUGCAGCCAAUAACUGCCUGAUGUGUGGAACUCAUGAACAUCACCAAAUCCUGAGUUUGCUCCUUUGACAAGCUUUGCUGGGCCCUUUACUGCAGCCUCCGUCAGUUGCUUGUUUCUUCCUGUGUUCAGUUCUGUCUUCAGAAAGUAAAAAUUGACUAUUUGGUUGAGGUCAAGUGACUGGCUUCGUCAAUGUGGAAUUUUGUUUCUUUACCCUGAGAAGCUCUUGGGUUGCUUUGGCUAUGUGUUUGGCGUCAUUGUCCUUCUCCAUUGUGAAGUGUCAUAUGGUCAGUUUGGCUUACACUUAAGAAUACAUCAUGUUACUUCCAUCAGCAGCAGUGAAUAUCACCAGUGACCCAAUUCUACUGGAAGACAUACGUAUAAGCCCAUGAUUCAAAACUACCUACACCAUACUUGAUAGGUAAUGUCUUCUCUAUGCUCUUCUUUCCCAGUCAUUCCUGUUCAAGCUUAUCUUGGUUUCAUCUCUACAGAGAAUCUGGUUUACAAACUGGAACUCUGAGUACUAAUCUGACCCGUUCCGUCCUUUCAGCCAGAUUCAUCAUCACAGCCUGCUGAAAACUGUUAUCCACAUAAGACGCCCUUGUUUUGGAAGACGAUGUGUGGAAAUACUUGAAUUACUUAUUGUAGAAUUGCUUGUGAAUGAACGCAGGGUGGAGGUCUUUUUGCAGAAGUUCCUCUGUGUUUAUUUUUCCUCUUUGGUUUUGUGGUUUUGUUGUCGAUGCUCACAGACUGGAGCCCAACAGGAUGAGUAGGCUGCUCCAGGUGCAUUUCUAAGCCUGAGCUGGAAGAUGCUGCCGCUUGUCCAACCAUCCAACAAGAAAAAAUAACUUACUUUAAAAAGCUGAAAGGCUUUUCUGCCAUUAUUGUAUCAGUGUCACAAUACAUACCCCUUUAUUUACGCCAGCGUUUGCCACAGUCAUUCUUCGUCUCUUCAGCUUUCUGCUAGCAAUGAAAAUAAAUUGCAUUAAGGACCCACCAAGACCAAAAAAAUAAGAGUGUUAAAUGAACCUGCUGUUAAUAACAACAACAUAUUGUCUAUUAUGAGUGGGAGAUAAUGGUACGCUCAGUACGAAAAUUUGGGGCUAUGACAUCAUUUCAGUAAACUUCCCUAUUGUUUGUCCACAUGAAAACACAAAAGCUGUUUUGUUUUUUGUUGUUUUGUUUUUUGUUUUUUUUCAGAAAUAUCUACUCUGGGACCCAAAAAGCAGCAUUUUGGCCUCUGAAACCAUUGGGUCCUUGUGGACGAAAUGCUGAUACGAUACAAACCUCUGCAGAUACACUUAAACCCAUCUCCAUGUGAAUGGGCCCUGUGAGUUCCCAUGAACAUCUCCUCGUUGUCAGUUCAGUUCUUGAAAGUAACUCCAGACUUUUUGUCUAUGUAAUUUGCUCUUGCAUGAAAAGUAAACGGCCACACCUGGUCAUAAAACUGCUUGUUUGUCAACUGUCUAAUCACUUAUGGCUUAAAAUGGCUGUAAUUCCUAAGUGGUUAAUGCAAGAAAAGUUAGCUAAACCCCUUAAAUUAAAGCUGAAAGUCUAUACUACAAGCACAUCUUAAUUGUAGUAGUGCACAGAGGCAAAAUUACAAAAAUGGUCAUUGUCCAAAUACACAUGGACCUACUUUAACACUGGGAACAGCAAAACGAGUCCAAUCUUAUGCUGCAAGAUCAUAAGAUUCAGGAGGACUGCAUGUGACUGAAAUGGAAAAACAAAACA